GCUCCCAGCUGGGGCAGGCUGGGCGCCUAUAAGGGGGAUCCCCGCUGGGGCCCGGUGCCGCUCACCGCCAUGGACCGUCGUCCGCUCACCUGGGCUCUGGUGCUGCUGGGCCCGGCCCUUGCGAUCGCCCUCAGCCCUGCAGCCGCGCAGGAGGCGCCUGAGAAACUGUGUGGCCACCACUUCGUGCGUGCGCUCGUGCGGCUGUGCGGCGGCCCGCGCUGGUCUUCCGAGGACCGGCGACCUGUGGCUGGCGGCGACCGUGAGCUCCUACGGUGGCUGGAAGGACAACAUCUCCUCCAUGGGCUGAUGGCCGGUGGGGACCCUGUGCUGGUUCUGGCUCCACAACCCCUGCCCCAGGCUUCUCGCCAUCACCACCACCACCGCCGGGCAACUGCCAUCAACCCUGCCCGCCACUGCUGCCUUAGCGGCUGCACCCGGCAAGACCUGCUGACCCUCUGUCCCCACUGAAUCCUGUUGGAGCGUGGCCUUGGGGGAGCCUGAGACCCACAGGGGUCCAGUCUGGUGAACUCCUGAUGCCACACAGCACCAUGAAGCCCCACAUCUAGGGGGAUGUUGUUGAUUACCUCCUAGGACAAGGUGCUCACCACCUCACCCAGGCCCCCUGUCCUCGGGGAGACCAACUAGGGAGAACACCAGACCCCAAAUCUGGCUUGGAGGAUCCUUGGUUUUGCAGAUAUGCCAGACACUCUUCUCAAAUGUUCUCACCUCAGAGGAGCCCCAGGUGCCCCGCUCCCUGCCUUUAACACCCUUCUUGUUGUCUCCUCAAUAGUAAAUAAAUAAGAUGCCUGCAGAA